GAACUUUCCCCACUUCAACCGUUUCACUUCCCUUUUUUUUAUUCUGAGUCGCUGCUGUCGCCGUGAGGAAGGACGGAUCUUCACCUCCGCUCUUCACCUCCUGCUCUUCACCUCCGCCCUUCAUCUCCUCACCUCUUCAUCAUCAUCUUCACCACAGGACCAGUGAUCUGCCUGUAAAUGGCCCCCCAGUGGCUGAGCCUCAGUACUGCAGGGAUGCUGCUGCUGGUUCACGUGUCCUUCACGCAGGCCUCGUGCAGCGGAGGAGUUCCGGGGACUCACGGAAUCCCGGGAACCCACGGGCCCAACGGCAGAGACGGUCCUAAAGGAGCCCGGGGAGACCCAGGUGACUCCGGAAAUGCUCUCAGGGGUCAGAAGGGGGCAUUAGGUCUUCCGGGCCCCCCGGGCCGGCCUGGCAUGAAGGGGGAUCUGGGUAUGCCGGGGCCCCCCGGGUUUCCAGGGGAGCCAGGGAAGAGAGGGAAACCCUUCAGCAGCACCGACCAAGAGAAACCUCUGUUCUCCAGAAAACGUGACCCAGCAGAAUCCUCGGAGCUGGACACGCCUAUCGUCUUCAGCAGUGAGAUUUCGCCGGACUUGGAUGAACGGCUUCAGGGAGGUUCUCUGACAAACGGGAGUUUCACGUGUGUCAUCAGAGGCGUCUACUUCUUCAGUUUCCACAUCUCAGCAAAGAGCCGAGUUUGUCUGAACCUGAUGAAGAACACCAAUGUCCAGAUGACGCUGUGCGACACGGCUGAUGGUUUCCUGGUCACCUCCGGCUCCGCGGUCCUGGAGCUGGACCCCGGGGACACGGUCUCGGUCCACACAACCAGGUACAUCAACACGCUGACGAUCCAGAGCACCACCACCUUCACCGGCUUCCUGGUCUUCCCCACGGCAGUCUGAAGUCUCCACAGUCACAGGGAAUGAAAGACUUUCAGUGACGUGUGCAGCAGAGAAAUCAAAUGUGUGUUGUGUUUGAAGUAGUUUCACUCAUUAUUAGGUAGAAUCAUUUAAAGGACUGAUUUAGGUUUUGGUGGAAGGAUUAAAACAACCGAUGACUGAUGGUAUUUUCUUACAAAUUCAAAUAAUUUCUAAUUAAAAAUUGCAGUUUUUUCAAAUAAGAAAAUGGGUCUCAUAUAUAAUCCACUGCUCUUUGAGAAAAACACAUACAUAGCAAAUUAAGAACAAUUAGGAACAAUGUGCUUUUUUAUUUUUUGUGUUUUGUUAAACCGAUAAAGAUCCUUUCUUCAAUAGAUUUUCUCUCUUUGUUCUAUUUAGUGUAUAUUUGAGCUUGAUGCAAAUUUAAAAUUGUGAAAAUUUCCAUUUAUUACAUUAAAUAGGGUUUUUAUAUCCAAAUACAGAUUUUCAAUCACAGCUAAAGCAAAACACUUCUCUUUAAUCUUAGUAUCUGUUCAAACUCAAACAUGAAAUAAGUCUUAAAGAUGAACUCACAUAUUCUUCAUUGUUUUCCUGUUUUCAUUUGCUUUAACUACAAACCACUGUCUCAUCAUUUGUAGUGUAUAAAAACAAGAUGUGAGAACAUAUUCACAUUAAAUAAACUUUUAUAAACUGAAAACAUCAACGCGUCUGUUCAGCAGUAAUAAAGUUGCACUGAAGUAACAA